AUGGCAGACAGGAAUGGAUGGCAUUUUACAAAUAAUGGAAAAUUCACAGUAAAAUCAGGUUAUCAAGUGGAGAGGACUUACCCGGAUAGGGACAGAUUACCGUUAUUCAUUGGCCCUACAGUUGAUGUUAUAAAGGCGUUUUGCUGGAAAAUAAGGUGCCCACCAAAGAUAAAACAUUUUCUUUGGCAAUUUGUUUCAGGAAGUGUAGCAGUUAAGAAGAAUUUGCAGGCACGAGGGAUGCAAGGGGAUAUAAGCUGUGCAAGAUGUGGAGCGGACGAGGAAUCGAUUAACCAUGUGUUUUUUGAGUGCCCUCCAGCUAUUCAGUUGAUGAAGGAUCAGAAGAUGGGAGCAGAGACUCAGGAUACGAUUCCUCAGUCAAUCACAGGCAGAUGGUGUUUUACAGAUGGAUCAUGGAAAGAGGAGGAUAUGUUCUCCGGACAGGGGUGGUUCAGUACCUUACCUGGAUUUGAGGGUCUGAUGGGAGCUACGAACAUUUGUACUCCCAAGGAGAAGGGAGGCCUGGGAUUUCGAGAUUUCAAAAAUUUUAAUCUCGCACUACUUGCGAAGCAACUAUGGAGACUCGUACAAUACCCAAAUUCUCUCCUGGCACGAGAGCUAAAAGGCAGAUAUUAUCGUCUCUCGGACCCGAUCGAGGUCAGCAAAGCAAGCAAACCAUCCUAUGUCUGGAGAAGUCUUAUGGCAGCUCAAACCCUGCUCAAAAAAGGCAUCCGUAAGUCGAUAGGGACCGGAGACACCACCCUGGUCUGGGCCGACCCCUGGAUCCCGUCAACACCGGCUCGUCCUGCCAUCCCCCGCAGACCUUCCUUUAACCCCGCUCUCCGCGUGGCAGACCUGUUGGACCCGAUCUCAAAAGACUGGCAGCAUGAACGCCUUCGAGAGCUAGUAAUCCCGAGUGACAUCCCCCUUAUACGUAGCCUCAGGCCGACUCGCUCUACUCGCCCUCCAAGCUAUUGCUGGAACCUUACCAAAUCGGGAGUCUACUCCGUAAAGUCUGGCUACCAGCUAGCCAUGGAUUCACUGGAUGACCCAGAACCGGACAAAGUACUCAAACCCAGCAUCACUGCGCUCCAAGCGAAGGUGUGGACGCUCAAAACCACAAAGAAGAUCAAGCACUUCAUCUGGCAGGCUUUAUCCAACUGCAUACCAGUAUGCAAUGCACUUUCUGAUCGGCACUGCGGCACUGACCGAUGCUGCCCAAGAUGUGGAUCAGAUGAAGAAACUAUCAACCACCUGCUCUUUGAAUGUCCACCUUCCGUGCAAGCUUGGGCUCUCGCAGAUAUUCCAUACUCUCCGGGAUCCUUCCCGAGCUCCUCAAUUUACAGCAAUCUAGACCAUGUUCUAUGGCGUGCAAGCGACCGAGGAAUCCCUGAAACAAUCCUAGCUGCCGUCCCAUGGGUGUUAUGGUAUAUAUGGAAAGCCCGUAAUGAUAAAACUUUCAACGGUAAAGAAAUCACCCCACUGGAGACGACACAACUGGCUAGAGCUGAGGCCGAAAGCUGGCGCCUUGCUCAAAUAAUUGACGAACCCGCGGAGGAAAUCGACGGGGAUACUCGCCAUGCAAUGGCUACUCCACCUCCUAGAACCGGCCCAGUAUGCUAUACUGACGCCUCCUGGCAUAAAGACGACACAUAUUUUGGAGGAGGAAUGGUCCUGUUAACCGAGGAUGGGACGACGACUUUUGGUUCAUUCGCUAGUAACCGAGUCUUAACCCCCCUGCAUGCCGAGUUUCAAACUCUGCUGUGGGCUAUGAAAUCCUCUCUACAACUGGACCAUAGUUCUAUGACUUUUGAGACUGACUGCCUACAGCUUGUCAAUCUCAUAGAAGAAGACGACGAAGACAAAUGGCCAUCAUUGUUGGCUGAAUUUGAUGAGUUCCAUCUUAUUCGUUCUAUGUUUACGUUUUGCUCCAUAUCUUUUAUCUCUCGUUCACUGAACAUCCGAGCCGACCUCCUUGCAAAGGGAGCUCGAACUCGCGGUUUCACUUUCUCCCAUGUAAACUCUCAGCUUCCCAGUUGGAUGGCCCAGUCGGCCAACCUCAGGGAGUUUUUUUAA